ACAAUUUCCAUUCCAUCUCAUUGUUUCCAACUUUCGUCUUUCUCUUCUUUUUUCAACAUUUUCUUCUUCUGCAACCAUAUUUGAUUCUGCAAUUGAGUUGAUCACCCAAGCUGAUUCUAGCUCUCUUUUUGUCUUCUGUUUAUGCAAUUUGAUCAUAGCCAUCAUCCUCAUUGGCUCAAAAUCGUCCUCCACCUCUCACCAGGACACCACAAUUCCUCUAUAUGUAGUCUCCAAACCAAAAACAGGUGAUAAAGGAAGGCUCAAGGCUCAAGGCUCAAGGCUCAAUGUCCGUCCAAAAAACACGAAAAUUCAACACCGUAUGUCGAUGGCAUUAGAGUUUCAUUUGCUACUAUUAACAAUCCGGAUACAGAGGAAAAGGAAGGAAAAAUGAAGAAUCACAAAAACAAUGGUCUUGGUAGCUGCGAGCUAGAUAAUGAUGAUAUCAGGAGAAGAGUGGAGGAAUUCAUUGCCAAGGCCUAUAGAGAACGAAGAGCAGAACAAUCCAGGAUGGAUAAAGCAGAAGUGAGAACUGGCUUUACUCCACCAUGGGAUGUCUUCAAUUCUUCUGCGGAGAUGGUAUUGACAAUUGCAAGGGUGACGAACGUGGGGUAUAUUGCUGUCUGCCCUUUUGUGAAAGCUACUCAAAAUGUAUAAUAAUUGAAUUUAUUUUGAUUAAUUUCAUUAGUUAAUAAUUUUACAAUUAGUUA